AUGGAUACGCAAAUAGGCAACAAUACGGCGGAUAUGGGGCCGGUUAUGGAGCCUAUCCUUGUGGAUAAGGCGUCUAUCCUGGUGUAUAUGGAGGGAACCCCUACGUCAGAGCCGCAGCCGGCUCCACCGCCGGCCUCACCGGGGGCGCCCUACUCGGUUUUUUUAGGGCUUUAUUCGGCAUCGGUGGGGCCGUUUCAAGGACUCUGGCAAGAGCUGCAGACGGAGCAUUGCAAGCUUUUCUGCAAGGGUAAAUUACAAGCAUUUGUCGAUUCACACAAAGCAAGAAUUUUGCCUUUCCCAAUUUAA